CAGCAUCUUCGCUAGCCGGAUGAUUGUAGAUGAUAUUGCCGAUAUACUCGCAUAAUGGCAGACACACGGAGUAGCAACAAACAGCCGGCUAGAACGCGGGUACGUGCGGGAAAGGCAUGCACGCGCUGCCAUGAGAAACGUAUCAAGUGUGACGCCAUGAACCAAAUGCCAUGCACUCAUUGCCUGCGAGAUCGCCACAUAGAAUGUGUUCUACGUGAGACUAAACGCGGGACAUACACACGGAGCGGCCUUCGUCAGAAAAUAGGCAGCGAUCGUCCGCGACCUAGGUCCGCAGCUGGUGUUGCCGGGGAUUCAACCUCAGGCUCGUUAAAUAGGCGGACGGAAGAUAAGGAUAGCGGAGCAUUAUCACUACAUGGAUCUGACACUGCUGCAGUUGUACCAAUAAGUACAUCUCCUCCAAACGUGGCAACACGGAGCUCAGUCGGAACAGGUCAUGUCCAACCUAGGAACGGUGCUGAACCCUCCACGUUGCCUGCUCAGCAAUUGCCACCCGUGAGUGAGUCUCCUGUCACCCAGCCUUCCUCUGGGACCCCCAGCGACGGCUCCUCCUACCAGGCUAUCUCCUGGUCGGCGAUGUUUGACCAUUUACUGAACAACCGGGAAACGGGCAGAGACUGGAUUGACAAGUGUUCCAUCACUUACCUUGGAGAAUCCUUUCCCCUGGCUAUCGUACUGGGUGGCCUCAAGGACGGUAGCCGACCAAAGCUACACCAUCCAGGCCCUCCCUUCCCAGGGACUCAAGCAAAUGUUCCCUUCCCGUCACAGCCGGCACAUAUGUUGCCCGAGGACCUCGAGUAUCUACGAGCCAAGGGGGUCUUCACAUUGCCGGAAAAAGCACAUCGGGAUGUCCUCAUUGCGGUCUUUUUGGAUCGUGUGUAUCCGCUCUAUCCAAUUAUCAAUCGCCAAGAAUUCAUACAGCAGUACAAGCAGGAUGAAUUGUCCUUAAUCCUUAUCUAUGCCGUUAGCUUUAUUGCGGCAACAUUUGCUUCCCAGUCGGUUCUGAGCCUCGUAGGUUUUGAAUCAUGUCGAGAGGCCCGUUCUUUUUUCUAUAAAAAGGCCAAAGCUCUCUUCGAUAUGGGAUACGAAACAAACAAGAUCACUGUCCUCCAGAGUACCUUUUUUCUAUCAUUCUACGGCGGCGGCCCGAAUACCUAUUGGAACUUUUACUCGUGGAUCAGCACAGCGGUGACGAUCGCCGAAGCUAUAGGAAUUCACCGCUCUACCAGUGCAAUCGCUAACAUGCAACCGCAAGACAAAAGCCUGAUGCGGAGGUUAUGGUGGGCCUUAGUCGUUCGCGACAGCAUUUGUGGCACCCUGGUUGGGCGGCCCUUUCGGAUUGACCUGGACCAGGCCGAUACAGACAUGUUGACCAUUGAGGAUUUUGCCCACGACACCAUGGCUCCAGACUUUCUUGACAACCCUUCUGCUCAGAGAUACGCACAGUACCAAAUCGAGACCGCGAAGCUCUCGCUAAUCAUGCGCGACAUUAUCAUUAGCCGGUUCUACCCUGGACGAGAGCCCGUAAGAUCAGAAGAUCUCCACGCAAAGCUGACACACUGGAAAGCAGAGCUAGUUCCCACAUUAACCUGGGACGCUGAAGUUCUGGACUCCUCGAACCCAUUUGCCAUGUCCCUGUCGGUUCAAUACAACCACCACCUCAUUCUGAUCUACCUCGGCCACAUGCGCGGCCAGAACACAUGCCAACUUGACGAGCAGGAGAUCGAAGAAAUCGUCGACUGCGCUGCGCAUCAUAUCCCGACGGUAGUAUGCGCACUUGCCACGAAAUCUGCCCUCCUCACCGUGCCCCACGAGCUCUACCACGGCAUCUUCCUCGCACAGGCCGCCUUCUACGAGAGGAUGAGAAGCCCAAAUAAACUGGUGGCACGUCUUGGUCGGUCUGCGCUUAAUUCGUGUCAAGUGGUUCUCCAGGCUAUCAGCGAGUUCUGGGAUAGUGGGACCUUUAUCAUGCAGCUAUUUGAGAAUCUGUCCAGUCGCGCCUUGGAGCAGUCGUCGUGGACUACUGACAGUAGGCAGGAGAGCGGUGGGUCGGGAUUUGCCGAGGUCUCUGGCGUAAGCAGCACUAUGAACUCUGCAAAUGAGCCUGGCGUUUUCAAUGCCUUGCUGGGAGAGGAUCGAUGGCAGGGGAACCCCAUGCUGGAGAGUUUGUUUGAUCUACCGCCGGAGUUAUUUUUGCCUGAAUAGAACCUCGUCAUUCCCACAUCGGGUGGGGACUAGGAGGCAUGGGGUGUUUCUGGUACGCUACCGUUAGAGACAUUACAGCAUACUCUAACGACGGGAAGUUGGGGGCGCGGUUUGCGGGCGUACAUGCAGGAUUGAA